UUGUUUUAAAAGAAAAACUAUUGGGAUUACCUGACAACAAGUGGAAGUUAAGAAAUGAUGCAAUACUUUCUCUUCAUUUAAUAAAGACCCCAAGUGCUAAAACAUCGAUUGAAAAUACACGCAAAAUACACGAUGUAUUAAAAAACAUAGAAAACACAAAUAAACUACAACCUGAAAUGUCAAAUGUGUUAGAUCAGAUUGCAAAACAAGCAGUAGAAGAAACUUGCGACACAAAAUUUAAGGAUAUCGCUACUCAAACAGUAAUUGAAAACGACAUAGUCAAAAAAGCCAUGGAACAAAUAAAGAAUUUGCAAACUGAAAAUAAAAAAUUGAAGGAACUUCUUAGUAGAGAGAAGGAGGAAAAAAGUACAGUUGAAAGAAUUUUUACUGAAGGGCAGUUAAAAAAAUUAAAAACUAAAAAACAAAUUAAGUGGUCAAUUGAAGAUUUUGCCUCAGCAAUUCCUUUGCACGCUGCAGGGGCAAGGUCCUAUCGUUUAUUAAGAAAAAGAGGCUACUUCCUUUCAGCUGUAGGAACGUUAAGACGAUGGGAUUCCAGAUGCUAACGAUAAAUCGUUUACUUGGGUAAACCACGUUUCUGAGGGUGGUUUACUAAAACCAACCCUGGAAUUUGUAACUAAAUGUAGUGAACUGGAACAUAUUUUUCGUACUUAUAAUCACAGUACAUUAAAAAUUAGUAAACAUCAUCUGAAAAACCUAUUAGAAGCCGCAAAACAAGUAAAUCUCAGUGACGACGUAAAAUUACUUUUUUUUAGAUGUAAAAUGUAUUUUAAAAUAAGGAU